AGGAGCUUUGCGCACCCAAGAUCAAAAAGUGCUUGUAUUUGAACUUUUUUGUUGAAAGCUGGCACAUAUUGAUCCCGCACCCGCUGACGUUUCCUUGACCUGCUUAAGCUGCACCUAUUGGCGGAUGCAGUAAUUAAGUCUACGUAGUUCAUCACAAAAUUAUUACCACACCCCUCGCCCCCACCCCGCACAAGAUCUAUUCCCAUGUCGCGGCUUCCCGCGAAGAUCAGUUCGUCGUCUUCCUCGCGUUGUCGCGCCGUCUCGGUUCAACAUCACGACAGCAGGAGCAAUAAAAUACUGAUCCGGAAGAUGAACAAUCAGAUAUCUGGAUGCCCAGGGGCCCAAUAUUCGCAGUAUCGCGCCUUCGGCAAGAUGCGGACAAUGCGGCGGGUCGCGUACCCAUGGAUGCAAGAGUUACGACGGGACGCUUGGAAAUUCCUCCACCAGGAGAUGAUUGAGCAUUUCCGCGGUAGUGAGGCCCCACAGCACAGUUUGAUAACGAAUGGCAGUUCCGGCGGCAGCACGUUGACAGGGACCUCGUACCUGAACCCAGCAUUUCGCGCGACGGCGUCGUCCGAAUCAUCUUCCGGGGCAAGUGGAUCGUCCUCGUCCUCAACAUCUACUAGCUCAUCAAGCCAUUUCUACGGCGAUAAUGCGGAAGAGGACCAUGCACGAGGACACCAAGAACUUUGUCCGCGAUCUGUGAACCCGCCGACCUUUCUGAAUGCUCGCGACUGGCCGAAGUUUUCGAGCAAGGACAUGAUCCUCGAGGAGAAGGACCGGCUACCGGCCUUGAUCACGAAGCACGGUCCGGAUCGCGGGAUUGUGCUGAAGAUGUCGGACGUCAUGCCCUUGGCUUUUGACGAGGAGGGGGGACAUCUGUCGCACCUGCUGAAGUCCCGGCUCUACCGCAUCCGAAACGACGACCAGUGGGCCAGGGCGAACACGGUGGACCCGAGUACGAUGAAACUUGGUGACAAGGACGACAAGAACAAUGGGCUGCAGAGCAAGAAGAGGAUUUCCUACGCCGGAGACGAGCUGUGCUACGUGUCCGACGUCCGCGCGCACGUGGUGGACAAAAAGCUGUACUUAUCAAAAUGAAAAAUCCCCCUUCCCCAUAUCGAAACGAAGUCUGUGAUGCUGGAUCUGCGUACACAAAUCAGAUUUGUCUUGCUGGAGAGGACUGCAGGCCCACAGCAAGCCUGAGUACAGAGGUUUUGGCCUAGGCGCUUAGCAUGAGAAACGUCUGCGCUGUAGGCCCAACAGCAUCACAAACCGCCUGCAUGAUACGGCGAAGCCUGUGGAAUUGCCUUCUUGCAAGAUAGACGUGACUUGCGGUCGCAAAUCAGCAUUCCAAAUUUUCUGCGACGUACCUUUUCGAUAUGGGGAGGGGGGAUUUUUCCCCACGAUACUACUUCCUGCGGUUCGAGCGGCACGUGCCGUUCAAGACGAUGACGAAAAUCCCCGUGCCCGUCUGCCUCAUCGGGGUGUACGGGUGCCCGGGGCAGCUGAAGGGCGCGCACAUAGACCUGAACAUGCCGACGGUGAUGUGCGAGGUGGUCGGGGAGGAGUUCCCCAAGCCCUUCCUCGUCGAUUGCUCGAAGCUGACAAACUAUCGCAAGAAAAAACUGUUUCACUUUGAACUUGUGAUGCAGAGAAUGGAGCACAGAACGACUUGGCUUGCUACACCUGCAAGCCAUUGGAUUUUUUAGCGUUUUUUCCCUUGGGAAGCGCGCGUAACAAAUUUUCUGAUGCAGAUGCAGAUCUUGUUGCAAGAUCAUCACAGUGAAACAGUUUUUUCGUGGGAUACCGACACCGGCGCGGCCACCGACCCCGAGUCCCUCGAGAGAAUGGGCAAGAACGCGAAGGAGUCCCGGCCGUUCGGGUCGCCCGUGGUGGAGUACGGGCGGAUCACGCUGCGGGAUUUGCUGGAGAAGGGGAUGUUGGAGCAGUACAACGGCUUGGUGCGGUUUUCCCGGGAGUACGACGCGGAAAACGGGGGCUACGGCUUGGAAAACACCGAGGUGGUGCUCUGCUACGACUGGGGCAACGUGCCAGAGCAGCCUCUGCCCGCGGAUUGGGAAGACCCGAAUUUUAACACGAGGCAGGGCCGCUACCACCUCACCUACAGCGGAUUCUGGCCCAGGCAGGUGCAGCGGAGCUGAGGCGUGCCUGCUGCGUGUAUUUCAUUCUUUCAGCUGUAUUGAGCCUGAAGAUGGACUUUCACGAUUAACGUAAAAGUGGCCACAAUCCCAAUUAGGAGAAAACAAGAUCUAUUCUUUUCAUUCAGAUCAAAGAGUCCGUGUAGAAGGCUGCGGAUGUAUUAUUCAAUGGCCACGAUAAGACGGCACUCACUUUUGCCCAGAAUCUCGUCACCGGAACAGGGUUCCAAUGUCAUUACCGGCGCACCUUUUUAACAAGCGUUUGCUGUUCCCUCUGAUCGUUAUUUUCAAUCGAAGUAUUUUUUUACAUUGCAAUUCUCAGUGGCUUCGAGAUCGCACAACGACAACCGCC